CACGUGGUUAGCUGAUAAAUGCUAUAUAAAAACAAUUGCAGGCCAGACACAGCACUCUCAGUUACAGUUUCUCUUCCUACAAGCAACAAGUUCGAGAUUAGUUUGAUUUCAAUCAUGAUCAUCCUGUGGAUCUGGCUGGUGGUCCUCGUCGCCGUGAUAACACUGUACUUUCGAAGAGUGUACUCCUCAUUCGACCGCCAUGGCAUCAAGCACAUAAAGCCGACCCCAAUGGUUGGCAACAUGACUAAAGUAAUAUUACGCGCAGAACAUAUGGCUGAUGCGCUCAAAAAGGUUUACAACGACUUCCCUGAAGAAAGGUUUGUUGGAAGAUAUGAAUUCAUCAAGGAGUUAAUUGUAGUCCGUGACCUUGAGCUGGUUAAGAAGAUAACUGUUAAAGAUUUCGAGCAUUUCCUCGACCACCGUCCUUUGUUAGGCAACAGCGAUUCCUACUUCUCCAGGAAUUUAUUUUCUUUAAGAGGUCAAGAAUGGAAGGACAUGCGGUCCACGUUGAGCCCAGCUUUUACGAGCUCCAAGAUGCGACUCAUGGUGCCUUUUAUGGUGGAAGUAGGAGAUCAGAUGAUGCGGUCGCUGCAAAAAAUUAUAAAAGAAUCUAAAAAUGGCUCCGUAGACUUAGAUUGCAAAGACCUGACUACCCGCUACACAAACGAUGUGAUUGCUUCCUGUGCCUUUGGUCUGAAGGUGGACUCUCACAAUGACAAAAACAACAGCUUCUACACACUGGGGAAAGAGACUUCUACAUUCGACUUUUCCCAGAUUAUAAAGGCUUUCCUAUUUGCAAACUUACCAGAAGUAGCUAAGUUCUUAAAGCUGGAUUUCCUCUCGAAAUCAUCGAAGAACGCAUUCAAGAGACUGGUGCUGUAUACGAUGGAAAACCGAGAGAUGAAGAAUAUAAUCAGACCCGACAUGAUACACUUAUUAAUGGAAGCCAAAAAAGGCAAACUGACUCAUGACGAUAUUAAAUCCAAUGAUCUGGCUGCUGGUUUUGCUACUGUUACUGAAUCGGCUGUUGGGAAGAAAAAAGUUAAUAGAGUAUGGAGCGAUGAAGAUCUCGUCGCUCAAGCAGUGUUAUUCUUCAUUGCCGGAUUUGAGGCCGUCUCAUCGGGGACGUCGUUCCUUUUGCAUGAGCUUGCCAUGAAUCCUGACGUUCAGGAGCGGUUGGCGCAGGAGAUCAAAGAACAUGACGCCAAGAACGGCGGCAAGUUUGACUUUAACUCCAUUCAGAAUAUGGUGUACAUGGAUAUGGUUGUCUCAGAGGUCCUCCGUCUUUGGCCAGCUGCUGGUGCUCUAGACAGGAUAUGCACUAAAGAUUACAAUAUGGGUAAACCGAAUGCGAAAGCGGAGAAAGAUUACAUUAUCCGAAAAGGAACUGGUGUCUGGAUACCGGUUUUCAGCAUUCAUCGUGAUCCUCAGUAUUUCCCCAACCCUUUAAAGUUCGACCCUGAGCGGUUCUCAGAAGAGAACAGGCACAACAUUAACCCACUCGCGUACAUGCCCUUCGGUGUUGGACCUAGGAAUUGCAUUGGAUCCAGAUUUGCGCUUUGUGAAGUAAAGGUGAUGACGUAUCAGAUCAUCCGAGAAAUGGUAGUUUCUCCUUGUGAGAGGACUUGCAUACCAGCGAAGUUAUGCCCCGAGACAUUCAACAUGAGGCUGAAAGGAGGACACUGGCUUAACUUCAGGCCGAGGACUGAGCAAAUAAGGAUGUAGAACAUCAAAAAACUGUAGAGAUUAGGUUUUGGCUUUCGAAUUGAUGGUAGAGUUAUUUGUGCUGGCUAACAUUAGUACCAUUGAAAUGUUUAUGUAAACUAACUUUGUAAAAUAUAUAUAAUGGUGACAGAGACUUUUAUUCAAUUAAUAUUAGCUUUAAGAGCAAGGUAAAAUAGACUCUAAGGCAAACAAAUCCAAAAUAACAUUUUAUUUAAGUUCUCUCGGUCUUUGUUAUUGUAACGAGUAAUAAUCAUUUAUUUUAUGGAAUUUUAUUGGACUGAAUUAUGAUAAUUUUAUAAAAAUA